CUUUAUGUGCAUCGUCUCUCUUUUUCCGAACCACAAACAAACCACAAAAUCUCAGUUGAAUUUUUAAUCUCGUGAAGUGUAAGUCACAAAUAACUUCGCCGUCAUUCUGUGCGGACGUAUACAUACCUAAAAAAAGACCGAAAGUUCAUACUAAACGAUGUAUAAUAAUGUGAAAGUGGAAAUUAUUGAACAGCCUCAACCAAAAUCAAUGAGGUUUCGUUAUUCUAGUGAAGGAAAUUCGGCCGGUUCUAUUUUUGGAGUGAACAGCACAGAAGACGCGAAAACCUAUCCAUCGAUUCGUAUACUUAAUUACGAAGGAGCCGCCCGUGUUUGUGUAUCAUGUGUUACGAUCGAUGAGAUUCCCAAGCCACAUCCAAAUUGCUUGGUGGGAAAGCCGUGCAGCGAAGGAAUUUGUGUGUUCAAUUUUACUACGAAAGCUGCAUCGCCCAGACGUGUUACAUUUCCACAACUCGGAAUUCAAUGCCCGAAACUCAUUGAAGUUAAAGAAAAUCUGGAAAAGCGACAGGCACAGAAUAUUGAUCCAUUCAAGACUGGUUUUGGACAUAAGGAACUAAAAUCGAUUAACCUACAUCAAAUGCGGCUGUGCUUUCAAGUCUUUCUUAUACCAGAUCCCGCAAAGAACCUGAUCCCACUGGAACCAGUCGUUUCUGACAUUAUAUGCGACAAAAAGACAAAUGUCAAAUUACGGAUCUUCGAAAAAAGCGAUAAUUACAGUGCCGCAUGUGGUGAUAAAAAAAUUAUCAUUCUUUGCGAUAAGGUGGACAAACGAGACAUUAGAGUGCGAUUCUAUGAGACCGGUACGGAUAAUUCCGUCAUCUGGCUGGAUUGGGCAAAAUUCCAACCGAAAGAUGUCCACAAGCAACUGGAAACCAUAUCCGAUGGAACCUGCAGUGACCCGAUACCAUUUCAAUAUGUACCCGACAAUACAAACAUUGAAUUGGCUUUGAACAACAAAGUAGACAAAAUUGACCAUUCCAAAGCAUUAUACGAAUUCUUACAAGUGCUCGAAACAUCUAACAUGACAUAUGACUUCGACGCGAAUGUGACUGGCGCUGACUAUCAAUUGUCAUCUGCUCAAGCUAAUUGUGAUGAAUCACACCACUACAAUCAACAGCAACACUACUCAGCAACGACCCAGUUCAAUAAAGAAUCUAAAUGUGGGAAUUCUUUAGCGUUCGGAAAUGUGAACAAUACAAAUGCAACCAGUACGAAUUCGAAUAACUUCUUCAGUCGAAGUGUUCAACCAGGAAGCUAUCAGAGUUACCAGACCGAUAAUUGUCCGACUCCACUGAAUUGCGAUAAAUUAACUCAUCAUUCGUGUCAGCAGGUGGGCCCUGUUUAUACAGCCGACAAAGUGAUAAUACAACAAUUUCACAACAGCAAUGUUACGAUAAAUCAACCGCAGAAUGUUGUGGACGUACCAAUGAGUGAUGUUUUAAGUUCCGAAAUGAAUGUAUUUUGAAUGUCCUUCUCUUAACGUAAAUUAUUUCAAAACAUGAAAUCCGCUAGAAGUUUAUUGUUUCGAUUUAACGAUCAGGGAAGAAAACGGUUUUAAACUUCGAAUGACUUAAGAUGCCAAAUUUUGUACUUUCUAUGGAACUAAGUAGAUUUUAUAAAUAAA